AUGGCGAAAAAGUCGAGCAACCCGAUGGAUGCUGCGCGUGAGUAUCGGUCUAAAAUGUCAAAACGGUCGCACCGCCAAAGGGCAAGACGGAGGAGCAGGCAGCUGACUGCGCAUCCUUUUCUUGCACUCGACACUCGAUUCGCAGGCAAAGCAGCGCGCAAACGAGAGUUGGAGAGAAACAAGGCAUCUCGACAAAAAGUCAGAGACGAAAUAAUGAUUCGGAAAGAUCCGCGUCCUCUACAAGCCGAAGUCCGACGAUUGGAGAGAUUGAGCUCCACUGGCAAUGGCAAGUUGUCUGCUAUCGACUCGAACGAGCUCAAGGAGAAAAGGGCAGAGCUGGAAGCAAUGUUGAGGUUAAAGGAAGAGUUUGUAGCCAAGCAUCCCAACAGCCGUAAACUCGUCUUUCCAGGGGAAGAAGAGGAGCGAGCGGAGAAGGAGAGACAGAGGAAGGCUGAAGAGGAGUCUAAAAUGGCUGCGGGUGCUGGCAAAGCAUCGUCUGGGCCAGCAGGUGGAGGACAGUAUGCGGGCAUAAUCCCGGAAAGAAGCGUCUAUUACGAUCCAGUGUUCAAUCCAACCGGUGCACCUCCUCCUGGAAUGCCGUACAGAGAGAAACGUGAGUGGCAUGUUGGUGAUCCAUCCACUCGCUCCUGUUUGACAGUGCAUUGCCCUUGGCGCCGCUCCUCUGCGUCUUACCAGCGCCUGAUCAGUGGCCUGCACCCCCGCUACCCUCGUCGCCACCACCAAGCUGGCCAACAACUUUUGACACCAGGUUCGAAGCGCAAGCAGGCGAGGAGAAAGCCGACGUGCUGUCUGGUGAUGAAGUCGGCACCUCAAAUUCGGAUACAGACUCCGACUCGAAUUCGGACGAAGAUGGGAUUCAGCUUCCCGAAGGUCCUCCACCUUUACCUCCAGCUGCCGACGUCGAGGUCAAAGAGGAGAGCGAAGAGGAUGACGACGAUGAUGACGACGGGAUCGUCAUGCCCUCUGGUCCGCCUCCUCCCAAAGUCGGAUCGAACGUCCCAGCUGGGCCUACUCAAAUGCACUACACCGGUCCGCCACCUGGCUUCGGCACGCACUCGGGCACAGACAUGCCUCUGGCCGCUCCCAAUUGGACAAGCCACGGUCCAAUGUCCGGUCCAGGACCUUUUCCAGCAGGGCUUAGUGACCAGAUGAGGCCUCCAACAUGGCAGGCUGGGCCGAGCCAAUUCAGACCACCGCCUCCAAUGCGUCCCUUUCCAAGAGCAGGUGCACCGAGAGGAUUUGAAGGAUACGCCGCGCAUGCAGGCGCGGGCGGAGGCGUACGUGCAGAUCCAAUGGCCUUGAAUGGAGAAGUGAGGCCCACUUAUCAAAGCUGGCGCGCACGACCUCGACCUUCCCCUCAUACUCUCCAUCCUUCUCCAUCCGGACCAAAUUCCGUGCCAGCAAGAGCUCCGACCGGUCCUUCCGCCUCUUCUGCCGCCGCUUCCCAUCAUUCCCGGCCACGAGCUCCCGGUCCACCACCAGUGCGACCGCCAACAUCCAUCUCCGCCGCUCCUCAAAUGCGCGAUUUCAGAAAAGAAGCUGCAGAAUUUGUUCCGCCCGCCUUGGCUCGCAAAAGAGCCGCGCAGAGAGCUCAGGCUGCUAAAGGAGGUCUGCCAGGUAUGGUCGAUGCUGCACCUGCAUCUGGACCCAGAGCAGAUCAGCAAGAGGCGACUUCUUCAAAAGAUGACACACAAAGGAUCGGCCUGAUGGACAGGCUCAAACCUCAUCUCAAUACGAGCCGGGAUGCGCAGGAAGCAAGUCCCAGGUCUGGCCAGGCUCCAGGCAGAAGGAAGAAGGAUGACGAGUAUGAACGAUUUUUGGGCGAUAUUGGGGAUCUACUCUGA